AUGGAUGGACAGCCUGUUAGACGACCCUACAAAGGCUCAUGCCAUUGCGGUGCGACGCAAUACAUCGUCUUCCUCUCGUUUCCUCACACACUACCUCCGGCGCGUGUCCCCAGGGCCGAACCGCGAACGCAUCAAGACUUCUACAGAUGCAACUGCACCACCUGCCACAAAGCCGGAAUCUUUCACAUGCGCCUCGCCUCGGCCCCUGAUGACUUUCUUCUCCUUAAGCCCCUCGACCCGUGCAACGACUUGGGCGACUAUACGGUCUAUGAGAAAGACCUGCACUUUCUCUUUUGCAAAGGUUGCGGCAUGCGUUGCUUCACUUUUAUGGGGAAGGGCGAGGUGGUGGACGUAGAUCUAACGGUUCUAGGAGUCGGCGCUGGGACCGACUCCGGGUCGGAGGAGAAGGAGGCCCGUAGCAAAGGCGGGCCGGUGGCUACGGCGACGGCGGGCGAGAAGAGCAUGACAAAGGUGUGGAGACCGAAGAAGGAGGGGUGGGUGGAGGGCAAGAAGUUCGGAAGCUAUUUGAGUGUCAACGGAUAUUCCGUCGACGCCGGUCAGGAGGGAUUCGAUCUACGCGAGAUAACGGAGAAGAAGUGGGUUGGGUAUUGCGAUUGGCUUGAGUUGCAUUCCGAAGGGUCUCAAGGGACUCGACAUGAUCGGCCCUGGGAAGGCGGCGCUUAUUGA